GAGUCCUUCAGUGACUUCGGAAUUGUUUGGAUAUUUUCCAAGAAAUUAAAUGGCGUGAACAACAACAACAAUUAAAACCAAUUUUGCCCUUUUUAGAUAUGGAAAUCAAUAUACAGGCAAUGGCUUAGUUGUUCACUGUUGUGUAGUAUCUAGUGAACAGAAGUCACUGUGGAGUCAUGGAGGAAGACAUGUAUUACGGAGAUGGUUUGUCUGAUAUUGGAGAUUUGGGAGAUAUUGAUGAAGAUUUAUUGAGAGCUUAUCUUGACGGAGAUGAAGUGAGUCCAGAGAUUGAAGAGCUUCUGAAAGCAUAUGGCCAGGAGGCACCAGAGGCACUGUCGCGUGUAACAGUGAAGGAAUUGUGGGAAAAUUGUUUAUCACCAACAUUUUUCCAGACUGUAGAGAAUCUCCUCCCUCUAUUUCUUCUUUGUUUUGUUUUUAAACUGAUCUGCUCCUUCUCUAAAUCAGGAUCUGAUGACCAAGAUAUUCCACCAUGGCUAAUUCACCUGUCAAGUUUGAUGUUUGGACUUCUUGCCCUGCACAUGUUUUUCCAGCGGAACCUUUUCUAUCUUUUACUGUGUAGUAUACUGGCCUUUGCCGUACUGGUGAUAACAAACUGGAGGAACCGAGAUUAUUGUGGCCUCUCACUCUCAGUAUUUAUCAUAGUUUAUCUUAUUGCCUGUGAAUUUCUUAUGGACAAAACUGUCUGGCACAGUAUUAGAGGGGCACAGAUUAUUUUAUCUAUGAAGAUAAUAGGGCUUGCGUUUGAUCUCAGUACAGGUGUGAUGAUCGAGUUCCCGAGUGUAUUUGCUUUUUUCGGCUACAAUUUUUGUGUAGGAACAGUUAUAUUUGGGCCGUGGAUCAGCUUUUCUGAAUAUAAACAUAUACUGUCUCAGCAUAAAAGACCAAUGAAAGUAUUUUGGGUUUUAAAAGUACUGUUUAGUUUGAUAUGUGCCCUGUUAUGUGUUGUGUGCUCUACUUGCCUUGUACACUGGCUUAUACUGGAUACAAACUUUAAAUGGAUUGUUGCAUAUAGAGAUGCCCAGUCAUUUAGGUUUAGUCAUUAUUUUGUCAGCUUUUUAUCUGAGGUUACAGUUAUACUAUGUGGUCUUGGUGCGACACACCUUAAUGAUGAUGUUAGAUGGGACCUAAGAGUUAGCAAACCUUAUCAUAUAGAAGUACCUAGAUCAUUAGUAGAGGUGGUAACAAAUUGGAACAUCCCAAUGCAUACUUGGCUUAAAAAUUAUGUUUUCAAAUCAGCUCGUCCACUUGGAAAUUUUGCAGCAAUAUUUCUUACAUAUGUAGCAAGUGCUCUUUUACAUGGUUUAAAUUUUCAACUAGCAGCUGUAUUAUUAUCACUGGGUGUUUAUACCUAUGUAGAAUAUGUAUUUAGAAAUAAAUUGUCAGUUAUAUUUGAUGCCUGUAUAAAAGCUAGAAGAUGUAAAGAAGGCUGUGGACAUGCUUAUAAAUAUAGUCAUCCAUAUGUGAUAACAGCUAACCUGUUAUUUGGCAGUGUUGCUGUAUUUCAUCUUGCCUAUCUUGGCCUUAUGUUUGAUCACAGCUCUAGUGAAGAAUCUGGCUACAGUAUGGAACAUACACUAAGCAAAUGGUCUUCUCUGAACUAUCUAAGUCACUGGGUUAUCCUUGGGACUUUCCUAUUCCAUGUGAUUAUAUGAUUAUGAUUGGAUAAUAUUAAGACAUGUGACUUUUGUCUGUCAUAUUAUUGGAUAACAAAAUAAUAUGAUAUUUGUCUGUUAUUAUCCCCCGCCGAAAAUUUUCGGCGGAGGAUAUAGUAAUAGUCUCCGUCCGUCCGUCCGUCCGUCCGACCUUCCGUCCUUCCGUCCGUCCGUCCUUCCGUCCGAAAUUUUUGUCCGGAGCAUAUCUCUAAAAGUAUUUGAGUUAUCAACUUGAAACUUCAUAGGUGGAUAGACCUCAUUGAGGAGGAGUGCAGUGCACAAGAAUGAUAACUCUACCUUGCAUGAUUUU